GACUCACUUCGCAACUACGUAACGAGCGAGCAGAUAAUGAUUUACGAGCAGUAAAAUCGUAACCUUUGUCAAACACACUAGCGGAAGGCACGAUAAGCUUAAGCGUCCGCAAAAAAAGUUUCAGUGCCAACUAUUAGUAGUCCGCCGUCAUCCUUAACAUACGCACGUAUAUGUUUUUGAUAAAAUGUAGAAGCAGGUACAGCGAUGAUGUCGGCGAAUUCACGUGCCUCCCAGAUCCAGCGCGUGGCAGAUUGGCGGUUAGAUUUUGAAGAGGGAAAGGACGCGUGACCGAGGGUCGGGCGGCGCUUGGCGGAAGGAAGGAGUAAGGUGGGGGGAGGGAAAGGCAGAGAACGGACCCAGUGAGGCUCGGAGCAGGACAGCAUAAGAAUGGCGAGUCACUCAGAGGUUCGUGACACCUCACCAAAGUUGAGAAAGAAGAGUACUCCUCGAUUUUCUAACAUACACGUCAGGUCUCGGACCAUCGAGCGGUCCAAGUUCUACGAGGACCUGGUGGAGGAGAUGCGCCGGAAAAUGUGUUGCCAUAAAAAUCGAGAAUCCUUACUUAGCUCCUCCAGUGGAUUUUUCAACUAUCGUGGGAUUCUGAAUUGGGCUGUGGUUGUGUUGAUAUUGACUCAUGCACAUAUUGUUUUGGAAAAUUUGAUCACGUAUGGACUCCUCGUGGAUCCUGUUCAGAUUAUAGCAUUUACCUUUAGUGACCCCAACAUGUGGCCUGGUUCAUAUUUGAUUAUUGUGUCAAAUGUAUUUGUCCUUGUUGCUCUUCAUAUAGAAAGAUCCCUAUCAGUACUCUUAGAAGACUGUGUUAGGGAGCUGGAGCUGGAUGCAUUGAGGAUCAUCUGCGAUGCUGAGUGCUUCAUAGACAAGAGUUUUAGUGAGGUAGUUACACCUAAGGUGCAGGCAGAGGGUAGCUCGGUGACCACCAGAAAAGGCAAAGGCACUGGAUCAGCUCUGGUCUUGGGAAUACAUAGCAUCAUGUUCAUGAAACUGUACUCAUACCAUGAGGUGAAUCGGUGGCUUCGUGAAGAAUGGUCUAAUCCUGAUGCUCUUGCAGGUAUUUCAUCAUGUGCAUCUGAUCCAAGCAACACUGGUGGGGGCAAUCUACAACAACUGGUUACCUUUCCAGACAAUUUGACAGUAAAAGAUCUUUACUAUUUUUUGUUUGCACCAACACUCUGUUACCAGAUGAAUUUCCCAAGAUCCUCAAAAAUACGGAUACGUUUCCUUCUGAGACGACUAUUAGAAAUGAUAUUUUUGAUUCAUGUUUUUAUUGGAUUGAUACAGCAGUGGGUUUUGCCAGUAACUCGAAACUCAAUGCAGCCUUUUGUUGAGAUGAACCUGACUAUGAUGAUUAAUCAGUUGCUGCUGAUAGCGAUUCCCAAUCACUUCAUGUGGCUCAUAUUUUUCCAUUGGUUUUUCCAUUCAACUUUGAACUUUAUUGCUGAGCUGAUGCGGUUUGGAGAUCGGAGAUUUUAUCGAGACUGGUGGAACUCAGAGACUCUCACUUACUUCUGGUCAAACUCAAAUAUUGUUCUUCACAAGUGGUACAUGAGACAUAUUUAUAGACCACUGAUUGAAAAGGGUUAUUCAAAGUGGGAAGGACAAGCCUCAGUAUACGUCCUGUCAGCAUUGUACCAUGAGUACCUAAUUGCAGCACCACUUCAUAUGUUCCGCAUGUGGAUUUUCAUAGAGAUGAUGCUCCAGGUUCCGACUGCUUGGUUUCUAAGUAAAUAUUUAAGAGGAUUCUAUGGAAAUGCAAUUGUAUGGGUUUGCAUUAUUUUAGGCCCUCCAUUGGUACUGCAUAUGUAUAUCCAUGAUUAUUAUGUAUUUCAAAAUCUUAGUGCAAUUGAACAGAAUUAA